UAACUAAUUGAAAAAAGCGCCUAUUAUAUAUUUAUUGCCCACUAAUUAUGAAGUUCUAAGCCUUGCUAUAGAAGUACUUUACACUUAAAUCGAAAUAGAGAAUAGCUUAGUGCAUAUUGCUAUCGCAAUAUAAUAGAAUAUUAAGUCCAACUGUCGGCGACUAGAAGAGGCCUGGAAGACUGGUCUACAUUGGGCCGAAUCAAGAGGUAUGGUCUUUGCUGAGGAAAAGAGCGAGCUGAUCCACUUCAAUAAAGGCUGUCACAUGAUUCCCCAUUCCUGUUCUCAUGGUUAUGUCAUAUGCCUGCGGUCAUGCAUACGUCAUGAGUCUGAUGCAUACUUCCUUAGAAUCUGGCUAAAUUGAAGCCUAGACUGGAAGACCGAUCGGGAAGCUGUCAAAUGAAAGCUGAAAACACAGGGCUUCGCACUAUCCAGAAUAGCUGCUAAGACCUAGGGCCCAGCCCUGGCUAAGACCCGGAAGGUCUAUACUAAGUGCAUCUGCAGUGCCCUAGCCUACGGAGCUUCAAGCUUCCGCAGGCCUACCCCCAUUGGAGGUCAACCACAAGGCAUUGCGAAAGACCUCUAGAAGGCUCAGAAUAGGAGCCUACGGAUAGUGGCCGGGGCCUACAAGGCCACCCCAACCUGAUACCUUGACGCCGAGACGUAUGUUCUUCCACUAGACCUUUAUCUCAAUAAAAGGCUAGCCGACUUCGAAGACAGGCUCCAGAAG